AUGAUCCGAAAACAAUUUAAGCUUUUAUUUGUUUUUGAUGCCACCACAACAAGUAAUCAGGAGCCGCCAACUUGUCUUCCAAAUGGUAGCAAAUCAAAUUGCCCAACAAAGAACGGAGCGGACCAGAAAAGACCGGUCGCAGCUCCACGAGGAGCCUGGUGCAAUGAGCAUACAUCAUGGCCAGAAGUUGCAUUUGGACACUGCCCGAGUACGAGUCCAAUUGAUGGAUCACCGAAAACCGACCGCCCGCUGCUGCAAUUGUUGCUGCUGCCGCUGUUGCCGCUGCUGCUCUUGCUGCAGCAGUUGAAGCUGCCGCAUUUGCAGUGGGACCAGCGCCAAAUGAGUUGA